CUCAAAAAAGUUAACAAAAAGUCAAACAAGAGUUUCUGAUCGAUCAGAACGACGAGAACCACUGAUUAGUGUCUUUCGACUCUUUAAUUCAAAUCGUUUUUAUUUCAGUUUUUAUUCAAUCAUUUCUUCGAGUUUUAUAUUUUAACAAAACGACAUUUUCUUAAUUGAAUUUUAGUUUUAAUUUUAUUUGAUAUACAAUUAUUCACAACAAAUUUUAAGCCAAACAAUGGACUCAAUGUCGAAAACGCAAGACUUGGUGUCGGCCACCAGUAUUGGAGAUUAUUCAGCUGUGGAUCGCAUUUUGAGCAACAAUUUAGAAGAUGUGAAUGCGGUCAACAAGUCUGGUUGGACUGCACUGAUGUAUGCGGCAAACUAUGGCCACUUCAAUAUCAUUAGGCUUUUGGUGCGACACAACGUUAACGUCAACUUUCAGGACUCGAUCGGCAGAACUGCGCUAAUGAUGGCCGCAUGCAAUGGUCACACGCGAUGUAUCGAUGCCCUCAUUAACUACGGCAACGCCGACAAGGAAUUGGCUGACGUGAGCGGCGCCAACGCUCUGAUCUAUGCCGUAAACAAUGGUCACGGAAGCAAUAAACUGAUCAAAAGUCUGCUCACGGAUGGAAACCUCAGCCCUUUGACCACUUAUGAGGGCCAACAAGUAAGGGGACGCUCUCAGGCACAGCAGUCGCGCACCAGAAUGCAAGAGAUGGCUUCGGCCGCCAUAUCAUCGGCCAAUUCUGUGGUCCGUGAGAGCAAAGAUCACAUCUUUAAUCCAUACGAAAAGACUCCCUUCUCUAACGCCAACUGGCCGUCAGUCGAAUCAGUCGAAAGCAAUUUGAAUCCAAAAGCCGAGCAAUUUGUGCCGUCAAACGCGUGGUCGCGAUCGACAACCAGUGGCUCCAGUAGUAUGUCGUCGACGGUGUCGUCUACGCGCUCAUCGGGUCAGUCCAUGUCGUCAGUGAUCUCUCCGCCGCCAAACUUCAAACGCAAACUGAUUGGCAAAAGACAUAACACGACACGAAAGGCACAGAAAUCACCUCUGGUUAAGAUAUCGGCUCCGAUUCCCAAAACGUUAUUCCAUGCGUUGACUCGCAUUGAUUUGAUUCAAUACUUGGAUGUGUUUGAAAACAAUGGCAUCGAUUUCAAGCAAUUCCUCACAUUAACCGAUACUGACUUUGAGAGUCUGGGAAUUCAAUGCUACGGACACCGCAAGAAGUUGGCGAUCGCUCAGCAAAGAUAUCACGAGUCGUUAGAUAUUAAUUCAACAAAUGAAACAUUUUUGGCCGACUUUUUGCUCAAUGAAAGAGUGGUUCUCAACGAAAAGAUUCAGAACUUAGAAGAAAAGCUCAAAGAACUGGAGAAUCAGUGAAAUUAUAAAUUCUUGAUUAUUUAUUCAAUUCAUACAAUACAUUAUCAUUCAAUACAUAGGAAACGUGGGAUCUAUUUCCUUAACCCACGCCUCCAGACCUCCUGUUAUGUCUUUUAUUAGUAUUUUAUCAUUAGUUGUUAUUUUAGAUUUUAAUAGUUUGACCGCCUUUUGAGAGGCGUUACCUCUUCUACACAUGAAUAUCACGUUUACUUUGUUUUUAUUUCUAUUCAUCUCUUUAUCGAUGAGAUCCUCUAAAAUCUCAAAUCCAUUGCCUUUUUGUAGAUCUUCUAACGGAAUGCUUAACGCGUUUUCCAAUUUAGUGAUCUCUGCCUGAAGUUUAGGUCUCACGUCAAUCAAUAAAUGAUCAAUUUUUGCAUUCAAAUAA